AUGGCUCCCGCUCAGACCAGAAAGGGCAAGUCCCCCAAGGUGACCAAGAAGUUCGUCAUCAACGCUUCCCAGCCCGCCAGCGACAAGAUCUUCGAUGUCUCGGCCUUUGAGAAGUUCCUGAACGACAAGAUCAAGGUCGACGGCCGUGUUGGCAACCUGGGCGACACCAUCCAGAUCUCCCAGGUCGGCGAGGGCAAGAUCGAGAUCGUUGCCCACAACGAGCUCUCUGGCCGCUACCUCAAGUACCUGACCAAGAAGUUCCUGAAGAAGAUGCAGCUCCGUGACUGGCUCCGCGUCGUCUCCACCUCCAAGGGUGUCUACGAGCUCAAGUUCUUCAACGUCGUCAACGACGGCGAUGAGGAGGACGACGAGUAA